UUCAGUUAUGGCCGUCAGUCAGUUGGUAAAGAAGUUUACUGUUGUUGCUUAAGCUUAACAAAAAAUAUAAGUUUCUUAAAUUUCGUGGUAGAGUGUUAAAUAACAAAUUGAAAACAAUUUUCGUGCAAGAGUGAAUGGAAGUUGGCUAGAUAUAUCACAAUAAUUUUCGUGGAAUGUUUUUGUGCCUUCAACAGUAAUAGGAUCAGAGUAGUGAUCACAGUUUAAUAUUGGAUUAUAGUUGCUGUUUACACAUACAUACAUUGCCCAAAUUUUGCUCAGUGUAAAGUAUAGAUGAGACGCCGGUAGAGUCCGGUAUACGGCGAGUUACGCCACGCUGCGCUUAUUGUAUACUUGCUGGUCAGCCUCCGGACGAGUGACCCGUUCACCUGACACGUUCAGUUAUUUCCGUCAGCUGAGUCGAGCCGAGACGCUUCAAUUGCUGUCUAUUCAUCUAGUCACUGGUGCAACGACCUUGCAUCACGAUUCAUGGGACAUUCACAUGUAAGAUGUACUAGAGGGGCGGUGUGUGAGUGUCGCACCGCCAUGUCGCACCACAGCGACGAACAAGCGCUGCUAUCAGUUACCUCUGACUCGUUCUGGGAGCCUGGUAACUACAAACGGACCACCAAGCGAGUGGACGAUGGACACCGGCUCUGCAGUGAACUGCAAGGCCUGGUGCAGGAGCGAGCUGAAAUAGAGAAGACUUACGCCAAAAGCCUUCGAGGCUGGGCGAAGAAAUGGAAUGACCUUAUUGAAAAAGGACCGGAGUAUGGGACGAUGGAGGCGGCGUGGAAGGGUGGUAUGGUGGAAGCCGAACGGCUGUCAGACCUCCACCUCAGCGUGAGGGACCGGCUCGUCAACGACGUCAUGGCACAGAUCAAGAACUGGCAAAAGGACACGUAUCACAAGUCAAUGAUUCAGCUUAAAGAACGGAAAGAAAUGGACGAGGCAUUCAAAAAAGCACAGAAACCUUGGGCGAAAUUCUUGCAAAAGGUAGAGAGGGCGCGGAUGGAGUACCACACGGCGUGCAAACAGGAGAGAACAGCGCAGAACCAAGAGAGAAAUGCUAGUGGCGACAGCUCUUUGAGUCCUGACCAGAUUAAGAAAAUGGCGGAACGUGUGACAAAAUGUCGUGAUGACGUCGCGAAAAAUCGUGAUAAGUACCAGGCUGCAUUGGCUGAGAUUACGGCCUACAAUCCCCGUUACAUUGAAGAUAUGACAGGCGUCUUUGACCGCUGUCAGCAGAUGGAGGCCCAACGACUUGUAUUCUUCAAGGAUGUGUUGUUUAGCUUCCAUAAGUGUUUGAACAUUAGCCAGGAACCCAUAUUACCACAAAUAUACGAAGAAUUCCACCAUACGAUCAAUAAUGCUGACCACCAAAAGGACCUCAAAUGGUGGGCGAACAACCAUGGCAUCAAUAUGGCCAUGGCGUGGCCACAGUUCGAGGAAUACACGGAGGAGUUCCGGGACAUCGCCAAGGGCAAGUCGAAGGAGAGCCUGCCCACCGGACCGAUCACCUUACUCAACCAGCGCCCCGUCAGCGAAGACGAACUCCCGCCAAUAACAAACAACAAAGUGAAGGCGAAUCACACGGAGCCUGUAGUACAAGUGAAUAACGCGCCGUCACAGAACAGCACAGCUAAUAAUACCAUAGACAAGAAAUCUAUCAGCGCACCAAUCGCAGUCACGAACGGUACAGCAUCAGCGCCAAAAUCCAAUAAGACGUCGCCCGUGAAGGAGCCGAGUCGGCAAGAUAAUCCAUUCGAAGAAGAAGAGUGGGAGGAAGAGUCAGGAGGUGCUUUGACGGAUACGGGUGAACCGGGCGUGCCCGUGCGAGCUUUGUAUGACUACACUGGCGCUGAGAGUGACGAACUUAGCUUCCGGCAAGGUGACUUAUUCGAGAAACUAGAAGAUGAAGAUGAACAGGGAUGGUGCAAGGGCCGAAAGGAUGGCCGAGUGGGGCUCUACCCCGCCAACUACGUGGAGCCAGUGGGGCAUUAACGCUCUAUUUCCCCUUGCCCCAACUGCGCAACAUAUAUACUUGUGAAAAUGCCGCGAAUUGUUUAAGACAUUGAAGGAGGUCAUUGUAAUAUAUCUUUAAGUUAAAAAAAUAAAUCGUUUGAAAUUACAUUUUUAAAUAAAUAUUUAGUUGUUAAACAGUUUUGGUUAUUACAAUUGUAAUAAGAUUGAUUACAAAAGUCAAAUUUCGUGGCAUUUUCGCGAGUCUAAAUUUGGACGUAAUGUGAAGACGUCACUCGACUUUGUAAAAUGACGUAACCGACUCUUUGUAUUGUGGAUUAAAGUUUAUAUUUACUAUUCAAUACUUAACGAAGCGUUGUAAAUUAGUAAAUUAUAUUUAAAAUUAGCGGAAAUAGCAAAGGUCACUGUUACGUUGUACAAUUGACGAUUUAUCGACUUUAGAAAUUCUUUGAAUAGAGACGAGCGUUUGGGAAUUACAUUCAAAGUCUCCUACGCCUUGACGAUUCAAUGUGAAUCAAAUAUGAUGAACCGGUCUUAAUGCUGAAGGUGGGUAAAAUCCGAGUUUUUAACAACUGCAUAUCAAACAAUUAAUGGCAGAUUUUUAGAAUUAUAUUUUAGAAAUUAAAAAGAAUUACAAUUUCUUAGUUCCGUGUAAACUCAAAUCUCAAUGAAGUACCGUUGAGUUAACAUAAAUUACAAAUCAUUUGUAUGAAAAUUUUAAUAUCUGACAACGCGUAAGCAAGCUUUAUAAGCGAUAUAAAUAAUUGUAAAAAUGUUGCCAAUAAACUGAAUUUGAAAGAAAAGGGAAAACGAAAAUGAAGUUCAAUAAAAAAUUAUGUGGUGAAGGCGUAUGAGAAUUUGAUUUUAAUUAAAAAUCCAAUCGAGUUGGGUGUAGAAUCAAUGCAAGUAUUGAAUUACGACUUUUAUAAGGUAUUAAUGGCUCUAAACUGGCUUAACGAGUGAUAUACGCGUGUGUUUUGACGUCGUUUUAACCGCGAUUUUUUAAAGCUUUUAACGUGCACCUAAACGUUUUACUCCUGAACUUUAUACGGAGUUCGAACGGCCAAGGUUAUUUUUCGAGGUUAUGUACACGGAAACCAAAAAUUUUAAAUUGUAGAGCGGGUUUAAGGGUUUGAAGACGGCCUCUCGGCGCUUCGGUUUAGAGAAAUGAUCGGUCCGACCGACGACUUGAAGCCAAAAAUGUACGCUAACGCAUAGUUCUGUACAUGUCUCGUAGUGUAUUUAUUUCCUGUAUAUAAAAGUAUUUACGAAGCGAAGGGAGCCUUUAGAUGUAAUUUAUUAAUGUUUUCCUUUCAUUUUAUACCUCGUUUUAUUGUUGUAUCGUAAAGUAGCAACGAGUCACUAGUUGAGGCGGCGUAUGACUUGACGCGCGGUCGUAGUUUUAUUGUUUUGUUAUAGGUUCAGAGACCACUGAGAAAUUCAUUGUAUAUUAUUAUCAGAGAGGGUGGCCACGGACCACUUAUGUUAAUAUAUUAUUAAUAUUGGUAAAAUAAAUUGUUACAAUAUGA